AGCAAUUCAUUUCCGAUUGAUUUUCAAAUUCAUUCCUUUUCUUUUUUUUUUCAAAUUCGAAACAAACGGCCCAUUUCAUCUGCCCAGCCUUGCUCUCUCUCCCAACAACAAACAAGGACAGGACAAGACAAGAGAAAGAGAAACCCACAAUUUUGCUCGACUCCCCUGCUGCUUCCUCUUCUCUUCUCUUCUCUCCCUUCACUGUGUUUUUUUUUUUCACCUCUCAAAUGAGCACGCAAUGGACGAGUCCGAGCAGCAGGUUGAUGAGAUGGCGAGUCCGAGACUGGGUUUCUUGUUUCCUCGCUUCCCGGAUUCCUCCUCUAGAUGAUGACGCGGCAAAUGGUAAUUUCCGGAACAUGGUGUGCGAGUGCAACGUAAAUGACGGCGGCACAAGGCAGUACCGGCGGAAAAGCAGGCGCAGAAAGGAGCGACGGAUCCUAACUGACGGCGAGACUGAUCAUGACGACAACAACACUGAUGAUAAUGUUAGUGGCGGAGGAGUUUCCGGCUCGAAAUCGACGGGGAACGGAGAGGCAACGGAGAGGGAGCUGUGCGUUGUUGACGGCACGGGGAGGCGGCGGCGGCGGCACCCGGACGAUGAUAAUCGUCAGGAGGAAUAUAUCGUGUUCCGCUUUGGUGAAAACGGUGCUUUUGAAGUUGUCAAGGACGGCCGGCACAGAAACAACUAUAAACCUCAGAAUCAUACCAACGCAGCGGAAAGUAAUUUGGAAGUGGUUACCAAUACCGCCGGCGGGAGUUCCUCCUCUGCCUCCAAGCCCACUGUCAACAGAAAGUUGAAUUAUGGCAAUCAGGAAAAUGGUAGGAGGGAUGAAUCAUCAUCAGCAGCAGCAGGGAAAGGGAGAUGGGAGGAGAAGUUACCAUUGCCAACUACUCAUCAGCAUGGCAUUGUUGGGUCAAGUGUAAAACCAGAGAUCCUUCAUUCUCAGCAGGUGGAACAUGGAGAAGAGAACUGCAGCUUCAGGCGGCAUCCAUUGGGGGAGAUAGACAGAAACCAAUUCGGGACCUCCGCUGCCGCCGAAUCUGGCAGCAGCAGAGACAAUUCGCAGUCCUCCAGCUCUGGCUCCUUUUCCUUCCCUGUAUUGCAGUGGGAAGAGAUGGUAGGGAGCCCAGUACAAAUGCCAAAACCAGAAGACAACUUUCACCUGCGGAAGCACAGGAUGAAUUGUGCUCGUUUCCAGUGCUGUAGAUUUCGAAGAAACUCCAUCGACUGAGAUCCCUUUCUUGUUGCUUACCUUUGACAUGCUUCUUCUACAUGAGCUAUAUAGGAAUAGGACAGGCUAGUGCUACAGUAAUCCUCCAACAGGAUUUGUUUUUUUUCCCCCCUUCAUUUUCUUAUCAUCAGAACUCGGAAUACAUCAAUCACAAUGUACUCUCUUCUACACAUAGUAAAACUGAUCUGUUCAAUAAUUUUGCAAGCUGAAGAUUUUCAAUAA